AUGACGGAAAACAACUUCCAAGUACUACACACCGAAGAAGCCGAUAUCAAAACCGCCAAAAAGCGACGCAUGAUAUACCUGCGCCCAUUCCUCCUAUUCUACGGCGGUUCACUCAUUGCCGAAAUAGUCUUUCUCGCAGUCGGCGUCUUUAUCAUGACAGGCACCCGUGACCUUCUAUACAAAGUCCUCUGGACACUCGUCUUCUGUCCACUAGGCAUGGGCGGCGCUAUGGGCGGAAUAAUAAACUGCUUCAUUGUCGACCAAUAUUACGGAAAGAAGGCAGUCCAUUUCACGGCUCUGCUUUCGUUGCUCAUUUUGAGUAGUUGCAAUGUAUUGUGUUAUAACCUUGAUCGUCAUUUUGGAUGGUUUGGUGCUUCGGAUCACCCGAUGUGGUUUCAUUGGCGGUAUCCGAUGAUUUGGGCCGUCGGGUAUCAGAAUGGUCUUUUGAUGUUUACUGAUGAGGGACAAAGGAAGUUGGUCAGGAUGGGUAUGUAG